AUGGAGUCCCUGCUUCAUCCGUUUGUGCGGCACCUUAACCGUUGUGGCGCGGUGGCGUACAUGGGCUUGCAAGUGGGUGGUAUUGUCACUCUUUUCUGCGGUAUCUCGCUGAUCGUUGGAUGCACUGUGACCUUCGCCCGCAUCGCCCUGCCGUUGCUGGCGACACCGGGGACCCCGUACUUUAUGCUCCUGUGGUUCACGUGUAGUGUGUUAUCGUUUGCUAUUUUGUUCAAUUACGUGGCGGCGGCGUCGUUUCGAGGCCCCUGCGUAGAUGCGGAGGAGACGAGGCGGUUGGCGGUUGAGGGAGAGUUGCUGCCGUUGCGGCAACGCUAUCGCUUGUUAGAUGCGCCUGCACGUCACUGUGGAAAGUGUCGCCGUUAUAGAGCCCCCCGUGAGCACCACUGCCGCGUGUGCAACCGAUGUGUGACGAAGAUGGACCAUCACUGCCCCUGGAUCAACAACUGCGUCGAUGCUGAAAAUCAACGCUACUUUUUUCUGCUUGUCAUGUAUUUGUUUGUGUCCACAGGUAUUGCCUUUACUCUGAUCUCCAUUGCGUAUGUGCGGUUACGUUGGCACAGUGCAGCCAAGCUAAGCAUAUAUGGUCCUUGCAGCUACCGUCUGUCAAGUUUUCCUUUGUUUUUUGCGUGGAUUUUGUGUGGGACAAUUUUUAUUUGCAUGAUUUUUUUUGUUGGCUGGAACCUGCUUCAUAUUCUGAAAAACGAGACGCAGAUUGAGCGCAUUAUUCUGGAAGAGAAGGAAAGGCAGUCGCAAAACAUGAUGGUGCCGUUUCGCAAUCCGUAUGAUCUUGGUCGCUGGCGCAAUAUAUUAAUGCUGUUCGAGACGAGGGAUGAUCCGGUGCUUCAGUGGACCUGUAAUGGGGGCACCAUGACGAAGGUUGUGCUGCUCCUGUGGCUUGCACUUCCAACGUUCCGGUCCUCUAGCUGUGACGGCGUCCACUACCCUACCUUUGAUGACGAGCUGCUGUUGCCGGUGUAG